AUGGCUACCACCUAUUUACAACCAGAAGUGAGUGUUUCCAAUGAUGGAGACAAGAUUUUAUGCAAAGAUCAUGGACUCGAAAAGUGCAACAAAUGUCAAGUGGACUGGACAGAACACAAUUUGCUGGCUGCUACUUUAAAGCACGUAAAGGACUUACCACCCCCUAACGCGCCUAAUCCCACUCGCAAUGCUCAAGUCACCAGACUCAAGGAAGAAGGCAACAAAUACUUCAAGCAAAACAACUAUACAGAAUCUAUUCGCUUUUAUACCAUGGCUGUCGAUCUAUCUUGGUCUCGCCCACUUUGGGAACCUUUGGCUUUCCAAUAUGUUCGGGAAGAAUUGGCUCCUGUUCUCAGCAACAGAUCUGCUGCUCACUUGUCACUUCAAAACUACGUGGAUGCAUAUGUUGAUGCGGAAAUGGUCACUCGUUUAAAACGUGAAUGGAGCAAAGGAUGGUUUAGAAAAGGUAAAGCUUUGGUUGGUCUCGGUAGAGUUGAAGAAGCUGCUGAAGCUUUUCAAACUGGUUUGAGAUUUGAUCAUGAGAGUGAGGAACUCAAGAAGGCUUUGUUCGAAAUUGGGCAUUAA